GGCCAUUCAUAGGCGUCUUUUAAAAGCCAGGCUUUUGCAGCUGGACCAGGAUUUGUACAAUGGGGGGCAGGAAAAACGGGUCGACCCCGCGUUGAGCCUUUAUGAGCGCGUGGCGCGAGAGGGGCGAGAUCCGCUGGACUGGGAGGCAGCCCAAGCAGAAGACACGUGUUAGGCUCUGCAAAGUGAAGGAGGUUCCCCUCUCGACGUGUAUCGGAGACGCGAAAGUUUCAUCGGAGACAAACCGCCGUCGGGCCGGAAGGAGCCAUGAGCCUGGGAACAACUUCCAGCUCUCUCACGGUGGGGCUGAUGCUAGUAUUGUGCAUCAACAGGUCCUUGGGCGUCCCCACUUUCAGAAAGGAGAGAGUCGUUCGCCCCGAUCCCGAACUCGGCAACCGGCAACACGAAGAUAACCAGAGCUUCCAGUAUGAUCACGAAGCCUUUCUGGGCAAAGAUGAUGCCAAAACUUUCGAUCAACUCACCCCGCAGGAAAGCCAGGAACGGUUGGGCAAAAUUGUUGAUCGGAUCGAUGAUGAUAAAGAUGGUUUUAUCACAACAGAAGAACUGAAAAAUUGGAUUAAAAGAGUACAGAAACGUUACAUCUUUGAAAAUGUGGCUAAAGUCUGGAAGGAUUAUGAUCUCAAUAAAGACAAUAAAAUUUCAUGGGAAGAAUAUAAACAAGCAUCAUAUGGCUACUACUUAGAGCAUUCCAAAGAGUUCCAAGAUGUCACAGAGCAACACAAUUUUAAGAAAAUGCUGCCCAGAGAUGAAAGAAGAUUCAAACAAGCUGAUCUGGAUGGUGAUUCAGAAGCAACUCGUGAGGAAUUCACUGCUUUCCUUCACCCGGAGGAGUUUGAACAUAUGAAAGACAUUGUUGUUCUAGAAACACUGGAGGACAUAGACAAAAAUGAAGAUGGUUUUGUGGAUCAGGAUGAAUACAUUGCUGACAUGUUUGCACAUGAAGAUGGGGGACCUGAACCAGAUUGGGUGGUAACAGAACGUGAACAGUUUGCAGAUUUUCGAGAUCUAAACAAGGAUGGAAAAAUGGAUAAAGAAGAGAUUCGACACUGGAUUCUUCCAAAAGAUUACGAUCAUGCACAAGCCGAAGCAAGGCAUUUAGUUUAUGAAUCAGAUGCAGAUAAGGAUCAGAAGUUAACCAAACAAGAGAUUCUAGAUAAUUGGAACAUGUUUGUUGGAAGUCAGGCUACAAAUUAUGGAGAAGACCUCACAAAGAAUCAUGAUGAGCUAUAAUGUUUUUGGAAAAGCAACUACAUCAGAGACUUUUGUCUAAAGUUGCCUGUAGAUGACCAGAAUAACAAUGGUCAUUAUGGCAAAUUAAUUUUGCACCAGUAUAUAUUUUCUAACAAAAAGCAAUUCUGUUAAUACCAUUGAAUGCCACAGAUGUCACUUCUUCUAAAUGCAUAUUUUAAUGAAUUCAUUGUAACUUGGGAAGCGCACUUUCCAUUUGUAGGUUGACAUACUUUCACUUCAAUCCUAAAUAUGUAACCUUGGAUUUAUCACUAAAAUCAGUGAGAUUUAACCUGUGAAACA